AUGUAUGACAGGUGCCGAGUUGCCGAUGAAUUUCAUUUUGUUAAAGUGCUUACGGCCCAUCUGGUAGACUCCAGUGGUGGACCAGCUGAGCCAGGUGCGUCUGUGCGCAUGUUUGUGAUUCCGGUCCCAGCUGGUCGUCAGGGUUAUGAUUGGCUGAAUGAAGGCAAACAAACCCAAAACUGUGCUGUAUUGAUCUACCCUCCAUACUCUGCCGCCUCCACUCUGAUAUAUACAUAAAUGCAUUCGUAUGAACUGGAACGCAGGCAUCCCAAAAAAUAUUAUUUGAUGGCAAAAACGUUCUUUCGGAAAAGUAGAAAAUCUAUAUGCAUUAUGUUUAUCUGGCUACUUUUUCCUCAGACCAGCGUAGUUGAAGGCAUAUUCAUUAUCGUCCCUACCUGCAAUACUUACUUUUAUGGACGAAUUAGAAACCCGCCAGUUAUGCACUACGCUCCGGAAUCCUGUUGAGUUGAUUUAACUGUCGCUGUCCGACCAGCAGAAAUCUACACAGAGAAUUUGGUUCGGACGUACAUUUGCGACGUCCAUUAGUCAUGUCGCAAGUAGUUCGCUCAGUCUACUUCCAUUUUCUGUUUGGAAUUUCUAUGUAUUCAACUUUUUACUUUUUCUCGCCAACUUGCUCCUUGUAUCCUUCUCUGCGGACAUUUAGCUGACGUUCGAUUUCCGAAAAUUACAGAUUGAUCAAAAGGCAAGGGGAAGACACUCUUAGAAGGGGACGGAUCGCGAGCAGAUGGCGACAAUGUAGCGGGGGGAAGAUGCGAAGCAUAUUGAGUCGCCAAACUUUGAUACUGCACUUUGUGCCUCGGAGGAACGAGGUGUUUAAAGUCUCGUAGGAUAUUGUCGUUCACCUUAAAAAUCUAUAUAUAGACUAUUUAAUGGAUGAUGUUCUUAUAUCUGCUACUGAUGUAGAAUGGGCUGCUCAUCGUCAUUUGACUCGGGAAUUUUUAUAGGUCCGACUGGUGCUGACAAAAGUCAGAAAGGAAAGCCUACUUUUACUUGUAAGUAGGUUUACUAAUUUUGGAGAUCACAAACUCUCGAAAUUGUAGUUGUAGGCAUUUGAAGACCCUCUCUUGCACACGAAGUUACAAGUGGUAAUAACGGACGGCUGAAUUCGAGAAUAAAGAAAGAGGCAACUUUACUAACACUUUCCACGCAGGAAAUGUAAGCAGCGGACUGUCUUUAGGAUCAAAAUGCGCAAAAUUAUCGUUUGAUCCGAACCCCCCCCCGCGUCCUCUCCCGCCUCCGAUCUACUUGCCAAUGUCUUGACACGGGGUACAGGUGGGAGGGAAGGAGAGAGUGCGGUAGGUGCUGUGCAAGUCCACUACCACUAUAAAUUAAAUCACGCACAAACCACCUUACCUGCUCUCACCCUGCUGUGGAGCACGCGGUGGACAUCGUCGGUCGCGACGUUCGAACCGUUAUUUCACUUACAUGGUGUCGCCCACCGAGGUUGCCCUCAGAAUUGCGGUUAUACGUUCUUGCUGCAUUUUUUGAGUAAUCGUGUGCAGUCCCCAGUUUGUCUGACGUUAUGACGGACUAUUCGGCAAGGUCCGCUGAUCGGAAAUGUGUAAUAAGCAUACUGUCAUUCCGAUAUGCCUAGCGUCCCUAAUUACUUUGCAAAACUAUGAUCGUCUUCGGCUGAUUUGACUUGUGUCAUUUCACUUUUGGGCUCAGUCUGUUUUCAUUAGGUCGGAUUAUGUUUACCGUUGGAGGGACGCAAUUUUUCGCAAUCCUUCCAUCAAGAGGUUCCCUAUUUAUAAAAGCGGUGACAAGUCCACGUAGAUAUCAUUUUAUGCAGUCAGUGCCUUUGAAAGCGAAAAGUAUGAGCUUAUCUACAGGUUAGAUGUCCCUCCGUUCCACCAUUUCCGUUUGUGAAGGGGUUUCGUUACCGCAAUGACUGCCGAUACAUGAAUGGAUGGAGCUGCGAUGUCAGAGCUCAACAGCUCUUGGCUCUGGUAGUCGCCUCAUACAAUUGCUUCAAGAAGGAGACUGAGUUGCAAAUUUGUGUCACGACUUUACUGCAACCCCUAGCAAAAAUGAAUCAAUUUUAGGUGGAUGCGCUCUCGGUUAGUUUGAUUAAUAACUUAUGCUUGUGGAUUUUCAGUUGGUAGUCUGACCGAAUUGUCAUCCUUCUAGGUUUUGUGGAGACUGAUACGUCAGAAGACCCAUUUGAGACUAUCCGAAUUGAGUACGAACGUCGACACAGACGCCCCACCGUCAACACACGUCAGACGCCAACGACUUCGUCAGCAGCCAGCGUCGAGCAAGAGCGUCAGCAGUUCUUCCAGCGUCAUGCCGAGGGCCUAAGAAAGCGUGGCUUUCUCUUCACGGCUGCACCGGCGCGCAAAUCGCAGCUGUCGGAGUUUUUGUCGCAGUGGCAAGCUUUCCUCUCAGAUCACGAACCACUCACGCUGGGCAACCUGAGUCAUAUUCCCUGGCUGCCAGUUGCUGAGGGCGAUGUGCCGGGCUUGCUCAGAUUUGUUGGUCACAACUUUGCAUCACUUCGACAACUCCAAGUAGACUGGCAUCCCGAUCGAUUUUUCUCGCGUCUCGCCCCCCGACUGGCCAGUGAGGAUGUUCGACGCGCACUGACUGGCAGGGUAAAUGCAAUAUCGCAGCUCCUCAAUGAGGGAGUUGCUGAGCUCCGGCGCCACAAGGCUGACACGCAGACUGCACCGAAUUCAUAG